GCGAUCACGUCGAAACCUAGAUCGCAGUACUGUUUCGCCUUAAACAUCGCGGUGUCCGCACAUUGUGACAGAUCUUUGACUUACGCAUGAAUAACAUUUGACGGUACUCUACGCAUCGCUCGACUGGCAGUUCCCCGUCAUGGCCUCCACAGCCAGCCAGGAAACUGCUGCCGCAGCCGCUGCUGCUGCUUCAAGGGGCUCCACGGGAAAAAUAAGAUGGACCCGCAAAGCACUCUGGCACGCCAUAGAAAACGAUAGAGAACAGAUAUAUACACCUGAGGACUUUGCUGCAAACCUGGCCCCUCACCGUGAAGCCCUUGAAGUCGGCGUGGAAUGGUAUAAGAAACCGAACGCAGCGUCCCGACAAGUGGUUGAGAAACGCGCCUCGGCGCAAAAGGCGCAAUUCGUCUUUAAGAUGAGCGAUCUAAUGGAUCUUGACGAAGUGCAAUGCGAGUCGAUAUUGGAGAGCUGCAUCAAAGAUGAUUUGGAGGCGCCAGCAACAAAGCGACGUAUUGAUUGGUCAAAUAUGAAAACGAUCAACUAUGAAGAUGAGAAUCUGAUGGCCGCCGUUCAGCAACAGUAUUUGAAUGAAAGAGAAGAAACACUGCUUGCACUUGCGGCGCUUAUAUGUACAGCCGACGAUGAGGAUCACCGAUACCACGCACCUAUUUUGGCGUUUGUCCGAGAACUAUUUCCAGAUAGCGAAACAACCGGGCAGCGUUUGCUAGACCAGCUGAAGAAGGCAGUAUUCAGAGUCAUCCCCAGCAAGAUUGCCGCACAACCUGAAUGGGCUAGCUCUUGGGCAAAGCAAUUCGUCAAGGAGCAGCGCCUGUUACUACAAGUAAUCUUCUUGGUCUAUUACAGCAUCGUACCAUGCUCUCCAUCGAGUGCCAGUGCAAUUAUAACAGUUUUGGUGCAAGGAUUUGAUAUGGGGAAAACGCAACUGAACGCCGCGUUGUUCGAUAAGGAGACGAAGAGAAUGGUCAAACACAUCGCGGACUUAUCGGUAAUGGUUGUGUUAGAGGUCAUGAGGCUCCAUGAUGUGCUGGAUGUGGACGCCGGUGCAGUUAUACCCCUUCUUGAGUCGCCCGAGGACAUCUGUAAGAUAUAUAAGGUUAUCACACGUAAGGCGCAGAUGGACUGUACGCCAGGGGACGCCUUUGGGCCUAUUUUACUAGGUUGGGGAGUCCUAAUGUCAAUUGUUUACCCUUCCUUGGAACGCAAACGAGAAGAAAAAUAUGCUCGUCUCUGCGACUGGAUUGCUGAACCAUCGGCAUCGGAUGGACCCUCUCCAAGGCUACCACAGAUUUUCAUUCAGAGAGCGUACGUGGAGUACGAAUCCAUUGGAUACAUCAUAUCUGCCUUGAAGGGAACGCUCACGUUGGACGAACGUAUGGCUCUUGGCUACAAGAGUGUUAUUAAGGACAUGUUGAUGCUGCUGCUAGAGACGGUCGAGGAUCCUCUUCAUCUCCCUGACCGUGAUGGUCUAAUUAAUGCCUUUGCAAUGCUUUUUCACAAUGAAGACCAGCUGUCACUACAAUGGUGGGAGCACGACUAUGAGACCGAGGAGCACCGUGCACUCUUGGAUGCUGCUGCUAGAAUUUUCCCUGUUGAAUUUGGUCCUCUCAUACGACUCAUGACGUCGCUGAUCGGCAGUCCCCGCAGUGGGGCAUACGUCCUGCGAUAUAUGGCAGCUCUUCCUUCCCUUGCGGAUUAUUUUCGUCCGGUUGACUAUGUAGAGGUUCCGUAUGGAGAUGAAUGGGGAUUAGAGUUCGUUUACCGUUGGAGAGGGAAUCCGCAGGGCCUGGUAUAUGGUGCGCAAGGUGUACCUUUUCAACCUCCCGCAGGUACUAUUGCUCGCGAGGUUCAUAAAGAUCCCCGAGUGGUGCUCCUUCAGCAUACUUUCUCUGGAUGGCACCUGAUCCUUAGCAUUCUCGACUCAUUCAUACACGGCUCGAAUGCCAUUGCUGGUCAGAAUCUCGAGCGCUACAUCAGUGGAACAAUUGAAGCAGCCACUGAGGCAGUCAAACUGCUCAACGCAUUGUUUGAGCAUGCAGAUGAGACAUUGAUGUGGGAAUUUAUUGAUCACAUACGUGGGAUCACGGCUGGCUUUUCGCAUUGGGCCGAGGACACAUCGGAUCGCUUCGUCGGCUUGAUCUGCCAAGUUCUGAAUCAUGCCUGUAGCUUUGCACGACCGGAAAUGGAGCUUUUGACGAGCUGUAUGUCCUGCUUAUCAGCUCUUCUUCCUUACUUUCCGGACGCCGUCUGGAAGCACCUUCGGUCUGAGAUCCUGUUCCCACGUCACUCCCCUUCUGCUGCUGGUGCCGCUUUACCGACGAAUAGUUACAUGGAAGAAGUUGUAUUACCUGCCGAAGUGGCGAUAGGGCAGUAUCCCACUACCCUAGCUUUUCUUGACUUUGUUUCUGCUAUGAUCCGGGAAGCACAGACGCUUCGGCAGCAGGAAUGGGCAUUGAACGAAACACAGCGAGACCUGGAAGCCCAAUUUUGGGCAGCACGCAGAAAUCCUCAGUUAAUGCCGAUCUUAGAGGCUCAGUUAGGGGGACCAGAACGGAGAAAGGACUUGGAGCGUAAAGUCUUAGCUCAAGCAAGACUGAGAGAGUCUGCUGCUCUCAAAUCAGAGGUGCUCUUUUCUGCAGUUGUCUACGUGCAUAGUGAAAUCUUUCCAAAGCAUGGCACGUGGCGGUAUGUGCGGAUCCACGACAAACACCGCAUUGGCCUCAAAGUGCUUCAGAUUUUCAACCAAAUCAUGUGGGAUUCGACAUGGGCGUCAUCAGAGCGACCCGGUGAAUGGAGCGGCGUAGCGGACUUCCGUAUUAUCCAAGAGUAUCUGACUCGAAGCUAUUUGGUAGAUGGAAGCGUUUACCAAAUCGCACCGCUGAUUGAUUUUGUCUCUUUGGGCAGCGAUGUUCCUCUCAGAUUUUAUCGAAGCCUGCGCAUGAAAACUGCAAGGGUGAUAGAGGAAUGCAUCGAGCAUUCGCUUCGCUUUAUUAAAUAUCUCUUGAAGAGACGAAAAAUUAGCGGACUCAAGGUAUCGCUGUUGGAGCAUUCUCUUUUGGACCGCACCGUGCACAAUGGCACGCAGAACGAUGCUAUCGAGUUAGUUCAAGUCAUUGGCCGCUAUAUAAGCUACGAAAAUCAUCGACCUUUGCCAUUGUUGGCGACAGAGGUUUUGACCCUCCUCUGCGCUGUGGCUGGCGAUUGGCAGCCGCGCCCGCCUUCCUUGGCUGGAUAUUUUGGAGUCGACGCCUACAAUUUCGUUGCUUCAAUUGUCAAACUGAUCGGAAGAGACACGUCACCUUACGAGGAGCUACAAACCGCUCUUUACAAUUUCAUUACGGAGGUAGUAGUGACGCAACCGGGUUUGGCGGCGAUGCUCCUGACUGGCGAGGCAAGUCGCCCACUUCUACCGUCAAGCGUGCGCGGACUUCUUUCCUCGAGUGUGCAGCAGGAACCUUCCAAUGGAAAUACACUCUCCAAGUUGUCGGUUCUGAGUCCUGCCUUGACUCUGCUGCAGAGCUGGAGGCAGAUUUUGGAGACACAACCCACCACGCUACCUGCCGCCAUGAGAUUGAUGGAUGCGUUAUGGCAGAAUGCUCCUAAGUACAUGGGUGUUCUCGACAAGUUGCGAUCGCAACCGGUGUUUUGGCAGGUUAUCGGAAAUAUCUUUGACGAUGUGCCAGAGAUGCCUUCCGAUGAGCCAGUCGUGACAUGCGUGGAAGGCACUGCAUCGAGAGAACAAGAAGAUAUCCGAAGGUUUGCGUACAGCAAGCAGGUUCGAACCUAUACUCUACGGAUAUUGGCUUUUGAGAUUUACUUCACCCAUGACGCCAAAGAGAGCCAACCAAUUUUGCGCAUUGCAAAGAAGAUAUUCGAACAAAAAGGCCUGUUUACGGAUGAUUCCACUCUUCCAUAUCUGUCUGAGCUUCCAGAGAGGGUGAAAGAUUUGGCCGCAUCACUCGGAUUGCCGGUGGCAUUAUCAUCGUAUAAAAGGUUGAGUUGGUCGGACGAUCUGGAUGUAGAUCAACAAUUUGGAGAUGCCUAUGUAUAUGAUCUGGACCUACUCCGUGGCAAGCUCUAUGGUCAUAUACAUUUCCGCGCUGCCGAAGGCGAGGAAGAAAUAUUUGAUGCGUUUCUUUCUGCCAUAUGUGCCGUGAACCAUAACCGAUCGAUCACUGAUGCCCACAUGUAUAUGGUCAAAGCGUGGAAGACGUUCAUCAAAGUACUGACAGCUACGUUUACAGCAGCCCCCACGAGUCGUACUGGCCCAGCUCUAAGCAUCUCUCCGGAUCAUCUCUCCAGUAUCAUUCGACAAUUGACGGAUAUUUUAAUGGAAGAACAUCGCGAUGACGCUACUGUUAUCGCUUAUCGAUCGGAAAUUAGUGAUCUAUUGUUGUUUCUGAUAGCAGUAUGGGGAGACCUGAAGCGAAAACCGGUACAAAAUGAGGUUGCAGCCAAGGAAGUUGUUGACAUUCUAGGACGCCUCUUUCGGUGUAUGGCCACGGAAUAUUACGAGUUGGGACCGCCUGGGACAUUCUCCGAGUUCCCUUUUCAUAUUGAUUUAGUUUCCGCGAUUGUCGUAGCCUUGCGUAUUCUGCGAGGAAGUGCUAGUCCGGAGACUCUCAAAGGGAUGGAAACGAGGCGGAUCUUUCAGGAUAUUCUUCCAGUCAUUUGUAGAGGACUAUCCUUGUUGCUUAAAGGCCUGGGAGAGGACGACUACCGUGGACACAAGUGGGACGUCAGCCUGGCAUUGUCUUGCCUGAGCGAGCUGAUCUCGUUCAACGAGACUAUCUAUCCAGGAACGGGCAUCUCAAUCAUGGACCGCUAUGAGAUCUUUCCAUUACUGCUAGUAAUGUUUCAAAGGGCGGCCACAAGUUCCCCUAAUGAACGAACAUUUGCGGAUGAUGUACUGCCUUUUAUGAAGGCAAUUGCCGAAACGCCACUGGGAGCGGAACGGCUGGCAAAUGAAGGAAUAUUUAUUUGCUUUACCAAUAACUCAUUUACACCCGAGUUGACCCAAGGCGCCGUCCUUCCCUAUGUGGGCCAAGAGCGGAACCCGGGGCACCGGAUGUGGUGCUCAAUGCUCUCGAUCGUGUCGAGUAUAGUUCAGGUUUUGGGUCACAGUCCUGUUCUGCUUGAAGAAGCGACUGGUUUCAUUCGAGUUUAUAGAAAUCAGAUUGGUCGUGCUCUCGAUGUGGCUGCGGACGGAGAUCUAACUUUAGGACGAGUGGAAGAGAUAAUGAAAAUAACGGAAUUCUUUUACGGACUGGCGUCAUGGGGAGAUCAGGCGAAGACGCAAUCGAAAGGAGAAGCGUCUUAUUUUGGCGCCAUAAAACCAUUUCUUGGUCUAGAGUUACAGUUGCUUGCGUAUUUCGCGUACCUAUUCGAAAAUCCACAUGAAAUGCAUCGUCGCAUAGUUCCCGUAUCUCGAGCAGAAAAGGACGGAGCCACUACGCCCUCCGGCCGCAGUAGAAGCGAUCAGCCUCAAGCUUUCAUUAAAGCACGUCAAGCCGAACCGAACAAUGCGGGCGGUGUUGAAGGCGGCAAAGACAGGUCGAAUGUUCACUUUGAUGCAAUUCGGAUAAUGAUCCUUGUCGUUCGCAACAUCAUAGCCUAUCUGCGUCUGGCGGCAAACGCAGAUGAAGCGAUGGUCAAAUUUGAGGAGUCGGACCCUCAAAGGCCGAACCUGUUCCAACCGACCAUGUCGUUACAUGGCGCGGAAGCAGGUGCGACCAUGGGUACCUUGUUCGAUCUGAUAAGACGGGUCACGACUAUUUUUCGUAAUAUAUCGGAAUCUAACGGCAGUUCACAAGAAACUGCGAACGUGCAGCAAAGUCUAGAGUAUGCCGCAAGGAAUGUAUCUAUUGCAGAUUUGGUGCUUAUUGCGGAAUCUGGGCUUGUGUUGGCUGCGACGCAGAUUGCGCGGUACAAACGGUACCUCGAUGCCGACGACGUCCUGAGUGAGUUAGUGGGGGAGUUGGAACCGACAAUAAAGGACAUCGGUCAGCUAUUGGCCGAUGCGAAAAAUCGGGAUCAGCAGUGGCUGGAGAGAAAAGGAUGGAAUCAAAUGGAGAUUGAGCGGAUAAUAGCCUUUAUAAAGCGAGUUGAUGACUUUGCUGCGAGCGAAUUUGGACGAGGAAUGUAA